CGUUAUGGUCCAUACUAUUUUGAUCAAGUCAUUAAUCAUGAAACAAACUCGACCACUACCUUCAAGCAACGAUAUUGGGUCAAUAGCGACUGGUACAAAUCUGGUGGUCCUGUUGUUUUGUAUAAUGCUGGAGAAACGGCAGCGGAUGAAAGAUCUCAUUAUGUGACCAAUUCUUCUAUGGCUUUAUUGGCUCGUGAAUUGAAUGGUAUUGUCAUUGUAUUGGAACAUAGAAGUUAUGGUGAAUCACAACCUGGACCUGAUUAUUCGACAAAAUACUUGAAAUCAUUAACAACAUUUAAUGCAUUGGAAGAUAUGGCAUCAAUCAUCAGAAAUCUCAAGAUUCCUAAUCUGGAUAAACCUAUUCCUCCUGCACCUGAAACGAAAUGGAUUGUUUAUGGUGGAAGCUAUUCAGGAAAUUUAGCAGCCUGGAUGCGAUUCAAGUACCCUGAUAUAGUCUUUGCUGCUGUUCCUUCCUCUGCUCCAGUUCAAAUGCGUUAUAACUUUUAUCAGUACUUUCAACCAAUUCAAAAAUAUGCUCCCAGUCACUGUGUUCGUUCCAUCGAAACUGUCAUUACUUAUGUAGAUCAUAUUUUAUUUAGUCCAUUCCCCAAACCCAAGGAUAAACUCAAGGAACAAUUCGGUGUAAAAGGAUUACAGCAUGAUGAUGAUUUUGCUGAGUGUAAGUACCUCAUAGUAUAA